AUGCCUCACCAAACAGAAGUUACUACGAGCACACCUCCCCAAACCCAAAAUUCUAGAACCAUACCUCCUAACACCCAAAUUGCUACACCCCCAUUACCCCAAACCCAAAAUGCUGAACCCACAUGCUCCCAAAAACAAAAUCAGUUACCUUCUUCUAGAGCUUCACAUUGUGAACCUAGUAGCAAUGCAUCACCAAUGUCAGUACCCUCCAGACUUUUUGAAAUUCCUACUGGAGAUGAAGAGCAAGUGCCCAACAAUGAUACAUCACCAUUCAAAAAUAAAGAUCCACCAGCUGGGUUUUAUCCAAGCAGAGUAGCAUCUAAGGCAAUCACAUUGACUAUUAAGCAACAAUUUAUUGAGCCAUGGAUGACUUGGGGUGUAAUGACGGAAGAACAAAAAGAUAUCUUCUGUCAGCGUUUUAAGAAAAAAGUUUCAUGGAAACCUGAACAUGAAGAGAAAAUAAAAAAAAUAUUUCACACAAAAACAUCUCAUAGGCUUUCUGAAAUGUUCAAGAAAGCUCGUCAAAUAAACAAGAAGCCUGAUUGGAUGUUUUAUACACUUUGGCAGAGUUUGAUUGCCCAGUGGAUGGCCCCAGAAUUUAAAACAAAGAGUAUCCAAGCUCAAAAAAAUAGAGCAUCUGAGCAAGGUGGAAGUCUGCAAACAGGUGGCUCCAUCACCCAUCACGAGCAUGCUAUGCGGAUGUCACAAGAGUUGGGUCGGCUUUCACAUGUUGAUGAGUUGUUCCACCCAACUCAUGUACAGAAGUUUACGGGUGAUUUUGUUGACCAAAGAUCUAAGCGAACAUAUGAUCAAUUUGAGACUAUAUUUAAUCAAGCUAGGUAUGAGGCUGCAUCUUGUACGGGAGGUUCUGAAACGUCUUCUAUGGACCCAGUUCAGGAAGAAAGACUCCGCAAUAAGAGUUGGAUUAUUGCUGCUGAUAUAUCUUCUGCUCGUGCUACUGAAGAUUCAGACAAAAUUAUUCAAUUGGAAGAGCAAGUUCGUAAGUCUAGGGAAGAGGCUCGUCAAUCUAGGGAACAAAAUGAACGCUUGCAACGCUAG